GUUCCUCGAAGAACCAAUUCUAAAUUUUACACCUUUAAUAAAGCAUCCAGAGCUUUGCGUCGGUUGACUUGCUCAUCUCUGGUUGGUAAAACUAGGUCUUCUUCUCAUUUGCCUCUGAACUCUGAACUGGGAGAGGGAAGGUGAGAUACUGCGAUGGCUGCUGCGAUCUUAUCCUCCAUAAUCAAAUGGAUGAUCAACAACGUAGUAAAGGCUCCAAGUAUAGCUACGGCUUCUUGGCCUUUAUCAUCCCAGCAAUGUGAAGUACAAGAGGAUCUACUGAAGCUCGAGAGGACCCUGCUAAGGAUUCAAGCCGUCCUCAGUGAUGCAGAGGAGAGGGAGAUAAGAGACGAGUCCGUGAAGCUUUGGCUGACGGAGUUAAAAGGCUUAGCUUACGAUGCUGAGGAUGUAUUGAGGGAUUAUGGGUAUGAAAUGCUACGAGCCAAAGCUGAGGGCCAAGGACUACCAUGGCCUACUACUGGCAAGCGGAAGCUAGAAGAGGUAAGUCAAACAAUCGCUGCUGCCUCAAUUUCUAUUCCAACCAAAGUUUCAGACCCAGAUGGCAUGGCACGUAGAAUCCAGGAAAUCAGAAUGAAAUUUGAUGAGAUUGCGGAGGCUCGCAAGGACCUUCGCCUAAGAGAGGAUGAUGGAGUGAGAAAGGUUGACAGUAAGCUGCGGCCGCCGCCGACCACCCCUUAUGUUAAUGAAUCCUGUGUUUAUGGGAGAGAGGAUGAUAAGAAGUGGAUAGUAGAUACGUUGUUAUCAGAGAGUGGCAGGGGGGAGAAUUUUUCAGUCAUUCCAAUUGUUGGAAUGGGUGGAAUCGGAAAGACAACCCUUGUCCGUCUUGUUUACAAUGAUUCAAGGGUGCGCCAGUAUUUCAAUUCAAGGGUAUGGAUCAAUGUCUCACUAGAUUUUGAUGUAGUCAGGUUAUGUAAAGCAAUCAUCCAAUCCAUCACAAUGGAACCUUGUGAGCUGACAGAACUAAGUGCAGUUCAACAAGCUCUGAAGGAGGAAUUGAAAGGAAAGAAGUUAUUGCUUGUAUUGGAUGACGUUUGGAAUGAGAAACUAAAUCUUUGGGAUAACUUCAGGGUGGCAUUGACAGGCGGAGGAUGGCGUAAAAUUAUAGUUACCACUCGUAAUGAAUCGGUCGCGAGGAUCAUGCAGACAGUUCUUCCCUAUCGCCUUGGCUGCUUACCAGAAGACCAAAGUUGGUUGCUAUUUCAACAGUGUGCAUUUGAUGGUCUAGAACCCAAAGAACAUCCAAACUUGGUAGAAAUUGGGGAGAAGAUAGUCAGAAAGUGUAAUGGCUUGCCAUUGGCUUUGAAAACCCUCGGUGGCCUUCUACGCUUUGAAACAGCCGAGGAGAGGUGGGAGGAUAUCUUGCAUAGUGAUCUGUGGGAGCUAGAUGAAGAAGAAGAUGAUAUUUUGCCUGCUCUGAAGCUGAGCUAUCAUUGGAUGCCAACACAUCUCAAACCAUGCUUUAUUUAUUGCUCCUUGUUUCCCAAAAAUUACUUGUUCAAGAAGGACCAUUUGGUGAAGCUGUGGAUGGGUGAAGGGUUGAUCCAGUAUAAGAAAAACAGGCGUGACGAAGACACUGGAAGGCAGUAUUUUGAUGACUUGCUAAGACGAUCAUUCUUCCAAUUCUCUCAAAUUGAUUUGGAUGAGUUGCCCCAAAUCCGGGAUCGUCUUCAUUUCUCCCAAGUUAGUGAUGGUGAUGAGCUGCUGCAAAAAUUCCUUGUCCUCUCAGGGAAUGGGGAUCACGAGUUGUUUGUUAUGCAUGAUCUCAUUAGUGAUCUAGCACAAUCGAUUGCAGGGAAAGAGUGUUGCAUAAUAAAGGAUGAGAAGGUAAGCAACAUAACUACUGAAGCUCGCCAUUUAUCUCUAAUCCCAUUUGGUAGGAAGGAAAAGGAGCAAACUAAAUCGGCCAUGUUUGAAAGCAGAGUGCUGCGAACAUUGCUAUAUAUAAACAGGAUGGUGAACACAUGGGAUCGAGGUGCUGUGGGGGAUGGCGAACUCUUGGAUGUUAACAUGCACAAGGAUUUGUUCCUGAAUUUGGGAUGCUUGCGGGUGAUGGAUCUGAGUUAUACAAGAGUAAAGGAGUUGCCGGAUUCCAUCAGCCAACUGAAACACCUUUGCUACCUUGGCCUCCAGGGUAGUAAAAUCCAAAGUCUGCCUGACUCCAUAUGUAACUUUUACUAUCUGCAGACGUUGGACCUGAAGUAUUGCAACAGCCUGCGACAGUUGCCGAAAGGAAUUGUGAAGCUUAUUAAUCUGCGGCAUCUUGAACUUCCGAUGAAGGAUUUUGCUUCUGAAGUCAGUCUGCCACCUGGAAUUGGAAAACUAACGAGCCUUCAAACACUUUCAGCAUUUAAUGUGGGAAGAGACAGCAGGCAUUGCAGAAUUGAUGAGUUGAAGCAACUGAGGAACCUUAGAGGGCAGCUUGGCAUUGCAGGGCUUCAAAAUGUGGCCAGCGGCAAGGAAGCCAGGGAAGCCAAGCUAAAGGGCAAGGAGCACCUUCAAACACUGGCCUUGUCAUGGAGUGUUCGAGACGGCGACCGGCCUAGUAGUUCUAAGAACAAGCAUAUGUUUAAGCAGGGUGAUGAUGAAGACAAUCUAAACAUGGCAGGCACCAUGGAGGCUACCGAUCAGAGUCUCACCGUCGACAAGUUUGUGGCUGAUUGUGUUCUUGAGAGCCUCGAACCAAAUAGCAACCUCAGAGAACUAAUCGUGAGAGGUUAUUACGGUACCAAAUUUCCUAGCUGGUUGGGUGACCAAACCUUCUCCAGACUGACCACUGUUGUGCUCUCCAAAUGCCAUAAUUGCAAAUUCCUCCCGCCGCUUGGCCAGCUCCCAUGCCUCCAAGAUCUUUUGAUUGGCAAAAUGAAUGGAGUUCAAAAUGUUGGGUCCGAGUUCUUAGGCCACAUUGCUGCAAGUUCUUCCAAGGCUUUCCAAGCACUGAAGAAGCUGGAUGUUGAAUGGAUGAAAGAAUGGGAGGAAUGGAACGGGGUCAAGGAUGGGGACUUCCCCUGUCUCCGUUCGCUUGUCAUCAAACACUGCUCCAAGUUGCAGGGACUGCCCCUCCUUUCAUCUUCACUGGAGGAAUUGGAGAUGGAAGAUGUUGAAGGACUCACUGCUCUUCCUGCCCUUCGAUCACUCAAAAGUUUAGACUUGGGAGGCAAAUGGAAUAACAAGCUCUGGUCCUCCUCUUUAGAACUCAAAACUCUUCAGUCCUUGCGUAUUUCCUUCUCUAUGAACUUGAGAAUCCUUCACCUCCAUGAGAUCCUCCUUAAACUGAAGAAUCUGGAGAUUGAGCAUUGCCCGAAGCUCACUUCAGUGGUGGGUUUGCAUGAACUCCCCUCCCUUGAGCGCUUGGAAUUGUAUGCAUUACCUGAACUCCAGAUCUCACCAGAUUAUCAGCUUCCAUCAUCACUUCAGACCUUUCAUGUAACAAGCUGUGCUAACAUGACACUACUUCCUCUACAUCAGCAUUUGCCUGUCCUGAAGGAACUAUCAAUAAUAAACUGCCCACAGCUUGUGUCGGUGGUGGGCUUGCAGAACCUUGUCUCCCUCGAAAGCUUGUCUAUAUCCGCGUGUCCUGAGCUCUUGCUCUCAUUACAGGAAGUGCUGCCACCUUCUCUUCAGUCCUUGGAAAUUUCCAGCUGCGAUAAGUUGAAUUCCCUUCCUCUGCUGCAUGAGAACCUUUCAGCACUCGAGGAGCUGAAGAUUGAGGACUGUCAGCAGCUUGCAACAGUGGUGGGGCUUCACAACCUUGCCUCCCUCCAGUGUAUGGAGAUAUCCUUCUGUCCCUUGCUCCAAUUCUCAACUGAUGAACAGCUAAGAUCCUCCAAUGUGGAUAUAGAUAUCAUGGAAUGCCCAGGGUUGACUGAAUGGUGCCAAAGGCAUGGAAUAAAACAAGUUCAGAAUGACGAUUGGGAUGAUGAAGGGCUGGAUGAAGAUAAAUUUGAUGUCGAUGAGGAAGCGGAAAAUUAUAGUGAAUGUGAAGAUGAAGCUAAGGAAAACUGGGAUGGACCAGAGGCUGUGGAUGAUAUUGACUGAAACUGUGCUACAUUCAAACAUAAAAUAGCUGCAGUUGAUCGACUUCAUUGAGAUUUGAUGCAGCAUGAUUCCCUCUUCUUUAUGUUAGCCAACUAGUGCAAUGUGCUGUCUGCUUCCAAUAUGCAUCAUGCAUGCCCGUGUGAUAUGCAUCAGGAAGCCUCUACAUACGGUUGGAUUUCUUAUAAACUCAUUCAAUAAUUGCAUGCAAGCUCAUCCUAUGAGUAAUAUCAGAACAUUGAUUUGUUUGUAGUUGUCACCCCACUAUUUGUUUGCUAGCAUUGGCAUUGCAAAACAAUAGGUUAAGUAACAAUGGAAAUUCAGAUUCGCGAGUUUUGUGAAGAUUC